CAAAGCCACACUGGGGGUUUGUAGCUGUUUUAGCUGUGUGUCAGACAAAAUCCAGUGCCUUAAGCCCCAGGCCAGGCUGUGUCCAGGCCCGAGGAGCCCACGAGCAGGAGCACGGGUGGCUCACAGCCAAAGCUCCUGCCUGUGCUUGCAGGUUCUUUCAGUCUCCCUGUGUUCAGACCGCUGCCCUCGCAGAUGUGGCAGCAGCUGCUGCCCCAAGUUCCUCGUUUACCAUUCCUUCUGUCCUCGUUACCAUUCCUUCUGUUCUCCUCGUUACCAUUCCUUCUGUCCUCGUUACCAUUCCUUCUGUUUCCAAGUUAUUUCCUAGCCCUGGUAGCCUGAGCUAUCCAGGGAUCUGUGCAGAGGUUGGGACAGCCCUGCCUGCGCUUUGUGGGUUUGUAGCACAGCGUUUUAAUGUUUUUCCUGUGGAACCUUCUAGAGCCAGGCUGGUUUUCCCCACCCUGUUGCUGCCUCUCCUGUUUGCGGGCCGGGGAAGCCGAGGCUCCCGGGAUCUCCCUGGCAGAGCCCCGUCCUUGGGGCUGGCCAGGGGGUGAGGACAGUCCCCCCUGCACCUGCUGAGGACCGAGGGAGGCUCUCUGAGCCCAGCAGCCACGCAGGGCUGUUGGUGGAAGCUCCGUGCUCUCUGCCCCAAGGAGAAGCCCUGCCCUGUGCCCAGCUGGGGAGGGGCAGGGCUGUCCCACCACGCCCCGAGCUCUGUCAGCAAUUAGAGCUGCAGCAGCUCCCCUGGCCGUGCUGGAAUCUCAAUAAACUGGGGCUGCUGUUCCCAGCUUGGCUCCUGCUGUGCUCUUGGCCCACGCACUCUGUACUUUAUGGCUUUGUCUGACAAAGGCUCUGGCUCAGCAGUUCUGUCUCCGCCCUCCGCCCCAAAGCCUCCGGUUCCGCUUUCCCGAGACAGGGCUGGGAUUUGCAGGAUCAAAAAGCGGUCAGGAUGUGCAGGAGGAAUGUUAUUCAGGGGCUCUGGCUGCCCUGGCCACGCAGCGUCUGCCCCUGGCAUGUGGCAGGGAGGAGCUGUGCAGGCACCAGGGCACGGGCACUGCUCACCCUCACCCCGAAAGCAGCGCGUGCUGCUCCCCCAAAAGUGGGCCAGCAGCUUCCCCCUGCACAUGGAGGGGAGCCCCAAGGUUCUGGGAGGGUCUCCCCGUGUGGCAGAAGGUGGCUCUGGGACGCAACAGUGGCAGCUGGGGAGCCCCCAGUGCCCCAUCACCCAUCCCAGCGGGGACUGGGCGCUGCCAGGCUGGCAGGGCUGGGCCCACCAACAAAUCCCCCCCUGGCCUGGGGCCGCUUCUCUCCCUCCCUUUGUGGGCUCUGGCUGGGCACAGGGGGACCGAGUUCGUCCCAAACCACAAUUGCCACCUCUGGCAGCAGCUCCGGCCGUGGCGGAUGUGCUGGAAAUAACCCUGGUGAGGCCGUGUCCCCCUUGCCAAGGCCACGGGACCCUAUAAAGGCACCCAGGGAGCCCGGGCUGCACUCAGCCCAGCACGGGGAGACACCAUGAAGUCCCUGGUCCUGCUCACCCUCUUGGCCCUGCUCACCCUUGGCCUCUGCCGCAGAGCUGCCGAUGGCUCUGCCAGCACCGAGGACUCACCCAGCUUCGAAGCCUUCGUCUCCCGACGCGCCAGCGCCCAGGUGGUGCAGAGGCAGAGGCGCAACCUCGGCCAUGGCAGCAGCGUCGCCGGAGCCCCGCCGGACCCGCUGGAGGCCAAGCGCGAGGUGUGCGAGCUGAACCCCGACUGUGACGAGCUGGCCGACCAGAUCGGCUUGCAGGAAGCCUACCGGCGCUACUACGGGCUCGUGUAGCCCCAGCCCUGCCUGGGCCGGGGGCUGAGCUCCCCCCAAAACCCCCGUCAGGCCCCCCCUGUGCACCUUCACCCUCCCACCCUCUCUGUCAGCCCCAGGAAGAAAUAAACGCAAAUGGUA